AUUGUGUUUACUUCCGGGUUAGCAGGUCACAAACAGGAGGGACGCAAACACCCCCAGGACGCGGAGCAAAGCCGAUUAAAGUGCCGCAGAGAUGGCAGGGGAGGAUGUGGAUGAGAUGCCUGAAUCCGGAGCAGUUUUCACAUUCGGGAAGAGUAAAUUUGCUGACAACCUUCCCAGUAAAUUUUGGCUUAAAAAUGAUAUUCCUCGAAAAAUAGCCUGUGGGGAUGAACAUACCGCCUUAAUAACAGAAAAUGGGAAACUCUUUAUGUUUGGCAGCAACAACUGGGGCCAGCUCGGCCUGGGGUCCAAAGUGGCCGUCAACAAGCCCACUUGUGUCAGAGCCCUGAAGAUGCAGAAUGUACAGCUCGUGGCCUGUGGAAGAACCCAUUCACUCAUCUGUACAGCUCAGGGGCAUGUGUACGCCACCGGCGGCAACAGCGAGGGUCAACUGGGCCUCGGCGACUGCGAUGAGAGGACUUCCUUCCAGAGACUGGAGUUCUUUGACUCCUGCGGGCCAAUCAGAAUGCUUGCUGCUGGUUCAAACACGUCAGCUGCCCUCACUGAAAGUGGUGAGCUGUUCAUGUGGGGGGACAACUCUGAAGGUCAAGUCGGCUUGGGGAAGGAGAGCCACGCCUGCUCGCCACAGGAGGUCAGCGCGGGACAGCCCAUCGCCUGGGUGUCCUGUGGGUACUACCACUCUGCCUAUGUUACAGCGGACGGAGCUCUGUACACGUUUGGAGAACGUGACAGUGGUAAACUGGGUUUGGGAACAGACCAGCUGGCUCGUCAUCGAGUCCCUCAGCUCGUGAAGAGCAUGUCUGAGCCGGUCACCCAGGUGGCCUGUGGUGGGGGGCACACUCUGGCCAUUACAGAGAAUGGUGUUUACGCCUUCGGGCUGGGUCAGUUCGGUCAGUUGGGACAUGGGACAUUCAUAUUUGAGUCUCGGCUGCCGCACCAGAUAGAGCACUUCAAGAAGGGUCGAGUGCGCCAGGUGACAUGCGGCGAGAACCACUCAGCGGUCAUCACAGACAGCGGCCUGCUUUACACCUUUGGUGACGGCAGACAUGGCAAACUUGGUCUGGGAGAAGAAAACUUCACAAACCAGUUCAAGCCAACUCUGUGUCCACGCUUCAUCAAGUGUCAGGUCCAAGAAGUAGUUUGUGGCGGUUGUCACAUGGUCGUGCUGGCGCGACCCAGGGAUGCGAGCUGCGGGGCAGUGUUGCUGGAGGAGAAUGACGUCUCUGAAGAUUACCUGGAGAGGCCAUAUGUGGAGCUACUGGGGGACAUGGGCGACACCUGCAACCCGGCCCGUGUUCGCCGCAGGGAGAGGGAACAGUCACCGGAGCAGUUUGGCAACAUAUCCUGUACAUUACCCACCAUGACAUCAGGCUAUCUCCAGCCACCACUUCCUGUCUCCAGCCACAGCACCCUGCCCAGCCUGUCUUCAUCAGAGCUGGCCCACAGAAAGGUGCUCCAUAGCGCUCAUCGACAUGGCAACAAGGAACCGUCUCGGGACCAGGCUGAUGACGUGGUGGAGAGUCUGAGUGACACAGACAGCGUGAAAGGUUUGGGAGAAACCACAGAUUUCCUCAACAUGACACAUGUGAUGAAGAUGGACCCUGGUGAUAAAACAUUUACACUUUCUCCAGUUCACAAGAAGAAGGGUAAACAUGGUAAGACCUUAACAAGUCUGAAAGAGAAACCAUUAAAAGAGAGAAAGCUCUCAGAGCGGCCCGGUUUCUCUGCAACGUCCCUAUCACAUAACUGUGAGGUUCUGGCUGCUCGCAAAGCAGCACCCACCAAGCUCAUGAGCUCCAGUGUUCCCUCUCAGAAGAUGACCAAGCAGAACAAGGAGAAUCGUAUCACAGCUUCUAAGGAGCCUCGGGAGGGUUCAGGAGACGUCAAGAAAGCAACAGUCAGACGGCAGCUUCAGCCAUCGGCAUCCAGAGGUCUGAAGAUAGAUGGUGGGAAGAAACUGGAAUCAGAUCAUAAAACAGGUUCAAAACGGUGUACAGGAAAACCAGCACUCGUCACAAGGCAGUCGUCAGACUUCAGUUUAAGUGAUGCACGUGAAGUGUGCCCACAACAGCGCCCUAAGGGAAAAACUGAGUCUGAGAAAAUCUGCUCCAAAGAUCCUAAGACAUCAAAAAAGGAUAGAAACAAAAAAGACCAAAAGUCAACAAAUGAAGAAGCAGCCCCAUCUUUGCACCUGCUUGCUGGAGCUGCUUCCUUGCUCCAGGAGGUGGCGGCCUUCAGCUUGCCCGCGCCAUCUGACAGCAGCCACCAUGACACAGACAGAGGGGACAGAGCGACUCCAUCUCACAACAAUCAAUCUGCACUGAGUGUCAGCAGCAGUCCUUCAAUAAAAAGAGGAAGACAAAGCAUUAUAGACUCAGUCACAAAGGACAAAGAGGAGGAUGACCAGGAUGGACAGACAAGUGCAGAAACAGGGGAGGAAGAGGAAGACCGGGUUUGGAAGGUAACAAAUGCAAGUGAGGAAGAGAAGGAAGCAACUCAGACCUCUGAGAAAGUCACUUCAGAAGAGGACAGUGACACUCUUAAGCCAGAAAACAAGUCAGGAACUGAUGAGGAGGAAGAAGGCGAAAGUGCUCUAGAGGAAGACGAGGAGGAGGAGGAGGAGGAGGAGGAGGAAGAAGAUGAGAAAACUCAGACCGCUCAAAGGGAAAGUCAGGAUGAAGAGAAAGAGAGCAAAGACAGGGUUGUUGAAGAAGAGACUGAGGAAGAGGAGGAAGAGUCAGGUCAUGAAUCAGAGUCAGGUCAUGAAUCAGAAGGUGAGGAAGAAGAAAAGGAGGAUGAUAGAAGUGAGGAAGAAGAGGAGGGUGAGGAAGAGGAUUCUGUGUCUUCGAAGGGAAGUGAUGAUAACAUGCAAGAGGAAGAGGGGGAAAGUAGUGAGGAAGCAGAAAAUGAAAUGGAAGAAGAUGAGGAGGAAGAGGAGGAGGAGGCUGAAAAAGAGGAGGAGGAGGAUGAGGAGGAAAAUGAAGAAGAGAGUGGAGAAGAGGAGGAUGAGAGUGAUCAGGAAGAGAGUGAGGAAGAGGAUGAUGAAGAGGAAGAAUUGAAUGAAGAUGAGGAGGAGGAAGAAGCGAGUGAAGAGGAAGAGCUAGAAAGUGAGGAUGAAGAAGAAGAGGAGAGUGAAGAGGAUGAGCAAGAAAGUGAGGAUGAAGAAGAAGAAGAAGAAGAGGAGGAGGAGGAAGAGGUCAAUAAGAAAAGUGCUAAAACUCAGAGAACACCCAGGUCAGGAGUCAAAGGUCAUGCAGCUGGAGAGUCAGAAGAGUUCUGGGAUGAUGUUCUACCUCAGUACCUCAACCUGAAAUAACCCCAACAUGUUCUCCUGUGGUUGUACUGUAUUUGAUUUGAAUCUGCAUUUUUUUAAAUAAAUGGUCUUUUAUUGUUGUAUGAAA